CCCUUCCUCUUCUCUCCCCAGGGUGGGCCUGUAGAGAUGAGCUUCAGUGGUACCACAGUCUUUCCUGGGGGAGAAUUAGUUAUGUGCUGAGGCCGUGGACCCUCUGCCCGGUGGCCUGGCACCUAGGAAAUCCCUCACAGCAGAGGCAGGAACUGUGGCCGGGUGGGUUUCUAAGAUCCAUUCUGGAAAGUCUUCCUCCCCACUUUGGGCCCAGGGAACUAGACCCCCAGUCAAACUUACUCAAAGGGUCUCAGAUGUAAGUUGUUCACUACUAUUCAGUGUACGGCGCGUUCGCACCGGCCCAUGCAAGGGCCCUCAAUUUGUCAUUUGUCCCCACUUUCCUUCUUAUCCCUUUGCCCUUCAGCCCUGCUGCCUGCACCCUGUCCCCUCUCCAGCCCUUGUCAUGGGCCAGCACCCUAGUAUUUUUGCCACCUUGUAAAAUGGGUUUUGUACGCCUGUGUUUUUUAGUUUCCAUAAACAACCUGCUCUAAUUUAAAAAAAAAAAAAAUCUUUGCAGAAAGUUAGGAAUUGAAUUUCAUUAUAAUUGAAAGCUACAAACCUCACAGAGACACAGUUUGAGGGAAUAAGGGACCAGGGAGAUGGCCUCACCUGCAGUGCUCAGCGCCACUGCUCGGAACCCCUGGGGGAUCUACCCAUCAAAGACGGGACUGCAGCUGUCUCAUCCUAGGCCAGUGUUUUUCCACAUUUAAAAAUUCACGGCCCAUUAAAAACAAUGAAAAUUCCGUGCCCUUUUUGUAUUUUGUGAUGCAAAGAUCAUAGGUUCUUUUUCAUUUUCCAAAUAUAAAAUUAUGAUCUCAACCAUGCAUCUUCUUAGUACAAAGCCCUCUCUCCCCCAGUUGAGAAUUGCUGUCCAAGACCCUGAAAACCCACAGGUUACUACUCGAGGGCAGCAUCUGAGUUCCUGGGGCCCCAGAGACUCUGCCCUUUCUGUCCUUCAGCUCUGGUCACCUGGCCACAGAGAGGUGGGCAGACACAUAAUGCUGCUCCGGGGAACAAAGAGGGACUUCUUAGGCACAUAAUUAGUUUCGAGCCUCCAAGGGUCCUGUCUGCAGAAUGAAUAAUCAAUAAAACAGUGGCUCCAGGGAGCCGGAUUUUAGCUGGGGAAAUAGGAACAGGCUGUUUAACCAACAACAAACAGGCCUGCUCUACACAGACACGCACACACCCCCACACAGUCAGACAGCCUGUCUUACCCUUCCCCUCCAGACCUGCGUGCGUGUGCGCGCGCGCGCACACACACACACACACACACACUCCAGCUCGGGAGCUCUGCCGGCAGCCCCGUUAGAACAACGUCCCAGUGACUGACACACCCCUCCAUAAACCCCAGAUCUCUGUGCCCAUCAGCCCCUCUCCUUCCCUUUCCCCUGAGGAGUGCACUGCCUCUUUAAAACCCAACUCGGAGGGCUGUGCUCAGUGGCCCACAAAAGGUUCGGAUUGUGGCUAUUCAGUGGCCUUUCCCCAGGGAAGGGAGGGGAGAUGAGACAGAUGGGAGGCUUGUCCUGCUGCGGCCACCAAGCGAAACCCUCAGAUGGCCAGUAAUGAGCCAGCACUGUUCCCACCCAGCCUGCUGCUGAAUGGCCUUCCUCUGUCCCUGCACAGCCCCGUGGGGGCUCUGUGGGCUCGUCCAUGGGGGCACCUCCCUCAAUUCUCUGGUCCCCUUUCAUGCUUCCAGGCUGGUGCCCCCUCCUGGCUCCCCAUCAAUCACCCUGUCUUUUCCCAGGCCCUCUGCCUUCUCCUGUCACAGCUGUUGUUCCCGUGCCUUUGCUCUCUCCUUGUUUCCCCAUGGGUAUGUUUUGUCCUCCAGCUUGACCGUGAGCUCUUCGAGUGCUAAGAGCAUGUCUUUGCUUUCCCUGUGACUGGUGCCCAGAGCAGAGCUCUGCACACACAGGAUGCUCACGGGAUGCUUAGCAAAGUAAUUAUUUGCUGCCACUCCUACCAGCCCUGGACACACCCACUCGUCUCACCUGGGUGUCUCUCCCCUCUACAAUAACCCUGUGUUCUCCACCCCAGAGGGCUUGCCUGGGCCCCUGCUCUCCAUUUCCCUGUGCAGUUUCGACCCCCAGAUCCCUCUUUAAAACUUCACUGGCUUUUCGUCAGCACCUCCCUGUCUCUGCCUACCUGCCGGGCAGCCCUGCUGGAGGGUGGGGACUGGCCGGAUCCAGAGGAAGGAGGCCCAUCUCUGUCCUUAGAGAAGUAGGAUGCCCCCUCACUGGGUAAUGGCUCCUGUGCAAAGACACGUGCUGGGGAAGGUGCUGAGGAAAAGUGAAGGUCCGGCUGGGAAAGCACUCGAAGGGUGUGGAUUUGACACUGUUGCUUAGGAGAACCCUGGGGCUUGGUCAGAGGAGCCCUGUCUUCUCUCCUUCCAACCCCCAGAGACCCAGGAUUUAGCACCCAAGGGGUCAUAGGCCAAAGUGAAGUUCAUAUCUGAGACUCUUAAACACUUUGGGAUCUCUCAUGUUGAAUGGGAUGAACAAGGCUAGCUGCUUUUUCUGGGAGAUUGGUCUCACCUAGGAAGUGUUCUGAGACCCCAGAAAGAAUCGAGCACUGGAGCGUCUUUUCCUCUUGGACCCUCCGCAUCAAACAGAUGCAUCAGUUAAGGCCAGAGCAAAAUCUCGAGUUGUUUACAGUUGCAGGGCUGGUCGGGAACAGAGCUAGGAUUAGCACUGGGCUGCCUGCCCUGCCUUCUCUCCUCGAGCAACCCAGGUUUGCCGGGUGCACGCUGUCCACCCCCACUCCUGGUGGGCUGACCUGAGCCUUGCUGGGUGCCGUGGUCCCAGUGGUGACACUGAGUAGAAGGGGCUAGUCUGAAUAGCUCCCCACUUCCCUCUGUUCCUCGACAUUCCUGUCACGUCUCCUGUCUCUCCUUCUGGUGUUCGGUUGACCUGUUCUCUGCUUCUCCUCCUUCUGGCCGCGUGAGGACCCCUCCUCUGGACAGGAGCUCGCUUCUGGGUUACCGCCUGCUGCGCCUGCUUGCAGCCGCCAACUAGGUGACUGUGUGCUGGGUGGACGAGGCUGGGGACAGUUCCACGCACUGCCUCUCCCCACAGGCUGAGCACGCCGGGGUCCGCACCUACUUCUUCAGUGCCGAGAGCCCCGAGGAGCAGGAGGCCUGGAUCCAGGCCAUGGGGGAGGCUGCCCGAGUACAGAUCCCCCCAGCCCAGAAGUCAGCGCCCCAAGCUGCACGUCACAACCACGAGAAGCCAGACUCUGAGAACAUCCCACCCAGCAAACACCACCACCAACCCCCCCAAAACAGCCUUCCCAAGCCUGAACCAGAGGCCAAGACUCGAGGAGAGGGUGAUGGCCGAGGCUGCGAGAAGGUGGAGAGGAGGCCUGAGAGGCCUGACGUCAAGAGCGAGCCUCUGGUGAAAGCCAAUGGUGUCCACGCUGGACCAGAACCAGCCUCAGACCCGGGCAGCCCUUACCCUGAGGGCCCAAGGGUCCCAGGAGGUGGGGAGCGGCCCACCCAGCCCAACGGCUGGCAGUAUAGCUCCCCGAGCCGGCCGGGGAGCACAGCUUUCCCACCUCAGGACUCAGAAAGUGGGGGGCAACGGCGGAGCUUCCCCCCACGUGCCAACCCCGACAAAAUCGCCCAGCGCAAGAGCUCCAUGAACCAGCUUCAGCAGUGGGUGAACCUGCGCCGAGGGGUGCCCCCUCCUGAAGAUCUUCGGAGUCCCUCUAGGUUCUACCCUGUAUCCCGUAGGGUCCCUGAGUAUUACAGCCCCUACUCCUCCCAGUACCCUGAUGAUUACCAGUACUACCCGCCAGGCGUGCGGCCGGAUAGCAUCUGCUCCAUGCCGGCCUACGAUCGGAUCAGCCCACCCUGGGCCCUGGAGGACAAGCGGCACUCCUUCCGGAAUGGAGGCGGCCCCGCCUUCCAGCUGCGUGCGUGGAAGGAGCCUGCCGGCUAUGGGCGGCAGGAUGGUACCACCUGGAUCCCCAGCCCCUCCCGGCAACCUGUCUAUUAUGAUGAACUGGAUGCCGCCUCCGGCUCCCUGCGACGCCUGUCCUUGCAGCCCCGUUCCCACUCUGUGCCCCGCUCGCCAAGCCAUGGGUCCUACAGCCGCGCCCGCAUUUUCUCCCCCAUCCGCUCACCCAGUGCCCGUUUCGAGCGGCUGCCACCUCGCAGUGAGGACAUCUAUGCUGACCCUGCUGCCUAUGUGAUGAGGCGAUCCAUCAGCUCCCCCAAGUAUGAUUACCUGGGAGACAGGCGGCCAGUCCCUGCAGGACUGUUCCCCUACAACUACCCACCAUCCCCCACGGUCCACGAUAAGAUGGAUGAACUUUUAGACCUUCAGUUGCAAAGAAACCUAGAGUAUUUGGAUCAGCAGAUGAGUGAGAGUGAGACUCUCAUCAGUAUGGUGAACCGCAUGGUGGAGAACUCCUCCCCCAGGGCCCAACUCUUCAUGCAAGUCCCUCCAUACCCAGAAGUGUUCCGGGACAGCCUCCACACCUACAAGCUAAACGAGCAAGACACAGAUAAGCUGCUGGGCAAGUUGUGUGAGCAGAACAAGGUGGUGAGGGAGCAGGAACGGCUGGUGCAGCAGCUCCGAGCUGAGAAGGAGAGCCUGGAAAGUGCCUUGAUGGGGACCCAUCAGGAACUGGAGAUGUUUGGAAACCAGCCUGCCUACCCAGAGAAGCUGCUACACAAGAAGGAGUCGCUGCAGAACCAGCUCAUCCACAUCCGGGUGGAGCUGUCUCAGGCAACCACGGCCCUGUCGAACAGCACCGUGGAGUACGAGGGCCUGGAGGCAGAGGUCUCUGCCCUGCACGACGAGCUCUGGGAGCAGCUCAGCUUGGACUUUCAGAAUGAGGUGCUCAACCGACAAAUCCAGAAGGAGAUCUGGAGGAUCCAGGAUGUGAUGGAGGGGCUGAGGAAGAAUAACCCAUCCCGGGGCACAGACACAGCCAAGCACAGAGGAGGACUUGGCCCCUCAGGCACCUACAGCUCCAACAGCCCCGCCAGCCCUCUCAGCUCCACCAGCCUCACCAGCCCCCUGAGCCCUUUUUCAUUGGUGUCUGGCUCUCAGGGGUCCCCCACUAAGCCCGGGUCCAAUGAGGAGCCUGGCCCCCCGCGGCCUCCCCUCCCCAAAGCCUACGUCCCCCUGGAGUCUCCUCCCACCGUGCCUCCACUCCCUAGUGAGAGCCGCCUCUGGCCAUACCCCAACUCCCCUUCCUGGCACCGCAGUGGCGAGACAGCCAGGGGUCAGCCCAUGGCAAGCUAUGAGCAAAGCAAGAAAGACCCCCACCAGACCUCACCCCUGGACACCACUAGAGACAUCAGCCUUGUGCCCACCAGGCAAGAGGUGGAAGCAGAGAAGCAGGCAGCUCUCAACAAAGUUGGCAUUGUGCCCCCUCGGACAAAGUCACCCGCUGAUGAAGGAGUGACCCCGUCGGGGGUGGUGAAGAGGAGUGCCAGCGGGCUCGCCAAUGGGCUCUCCUCCCGGCAGGAGCGCCCCAAGAGUGCUGUGUUCCCUGGCGAGGGCAAGGUCAAGAUGAGCGUGGAGGAGCAGAUUGACCGUAUGCGGCGGCACCAGAGCGGCUCUAUGAAGGAUAAGCGGAGGAGCCUGCAACUCCCGGCCAGCCCGGCCCCCGACCCCAGUGCCCGGCCCGCCUACAAAGUGGUGCGCCGUCACCGCAGCAUCCAUGAGGUGGACAUCUCCAACCUGGAGGCAGCUCUGCGGGCAGAGGAGCCUGGUGGGCAGGCCUACGAGACACCACGGGAGGAGAUUGCCCGGCUCCGCAGAAUGGAUCUGGAGCCCCAGCACUAUGAUGUGGAUAUCAGUAAGGAGCUCUCCACCCCAGACAAAGUCCUCAUCCCUGAGCGGUACAUUGACCUGGAGCCUGACACUCCCCUGAGCCCAGAGGAGUUGAAGGAGAAGCAGAAGAAGGUGGAGAGGAUCAAGACGCUCAUUGCCAAGUCCAGUAUGCAGAACGUGGUGCCCAUCGGCGAGGGGGACCUUGUGGACGUGCCCCAGGACUCAGAGAGCCAGCUGCAGGAGCAGGAGAAGCGGAUUGAAAUCUCCUGUGCCCUGGCGACCGAGGCCUCCCGCAGGGGCCGCAUGCUGUCUGUGCAAUGUGCCACCCCAAGCCCUCCCACCUCCCCUGCCUCCCCGGCUCCACCAGCCAACCCCCUAUCGUCUGAAUCCCCACGGGGCGCCGACAGCAGCCAUGCCAUGCGGGUCUGAGCUCUGACUGCAAGCCCUGGCUGAGGCCAAUGCCGUGAAGCUCCACAGAACCACGUUCUGAAGCCUGCCUCUGCCCAUCCUGGCCCCCUGGCCCCCCGCCCCUGUGCUCCCAUGGGAAUGCCACAGAGAGCCAGGCUGGGGGCCGGGCUUCUGCCGAGAGGAGCACAGAUGCCUCGGUGUCCACAUACCCACGGCGCCCGGCCCUGAAGUCCUUGCUGCUCAGACGGUGGUCCUAGGCCAGGGCGUGAGAUGGUGGGGCGAGGAGCGCCAUCCUAUCUGAUGCCCACGGCACAGGGAGCCUAGGUCUGGCUCUAACUGGGGUUGUGAUGGCCCUACUGGAACACUCCCUGAUGGAGAAGAUGCCCUGGUGGGGAAUGCGCCCUGGGCUAUCUUAGGUUAGGACUCCUCUCUUGACACCGAGAACGGCACCCACCAUCACCCCCUUCCCCCAUCACCCCCGCCGUCCUGCCCCAGCUGUGCCCAGGGUCUUGGCACAUCUCUGCUUAUGGGUACUCCUUUGGGGUCCAGUGGGGACUGACCACCCUGCCUGAGCCAAAGACAAGAUGAUGAGAGAUGGGGAGAGGCUCCUCGGCUCCCAGAAGACAGUGCUGGCUGUGGAUAGAGAGAAGCAGGUCUGUGCAGUGUCUGAGGGCAGGUUGAGAAGGGUAGCAGAGAGAGAGGGAGAGGUCUCAGGACAGUGGGAGGAAAGGGAAGCAGCAGGACUCAUGCGCAAGUAGGAGGAGGAGGACGGAGAUGAGAAGGGGUAGGGGAUUGGUUUCCCCAGGGUGGAACCUUAGGUUAGUGCCAAGUACAGUGCCAGCUGUUGGCUCUGCUUCUCCCACCUCGUCCCCAGGAUCAGCGGGGCUGCCAGACCGAGGACCUGCCAUGGAGCACACUGCUGUGGGUAUGGAGGUGUGAGCUGAGGGCCCGGGCAGCAGCAGUCUGGGAGAUGGCUCUUUCUAGGUCUGGGCCUGGUUCUGGGGUCAGGAGCAGAGAGAAGGACCUGUCUUACGGAGGGUGUGGUCAGCCUUGGGGCCUUUCCUAAACAUUUCUGUGACAUUAUCUUGUCUCCCUUCCCCCUGAAAUGUGCUGUGGGCCAGCUGAGCGUGUGCCCUGGAAAGCGGGAAUGUGGCCUUAAUCUGGUAGGCCAGAUUCUGGGGCCCUACGCUGCAUCCCAGGCAUCCCAGGCAUCCCAGAUGAGGACAAGCUGAGGUUGUAUGGAAGGUCUCCCUUCUAGCUUGGCUCACUCACAACCCACCUACCCAGGGAGCCAGUAGUGGAGAGACAGGAGCAAAGCCCAUUCUCCCUAUGCUCCACCCACCUUCAGAUGAAUGUAGCCAGAGAGGAUGGAGGAGAGAGAGUGAAGCUGAAAAACCUUGGCCCCUAGGCCUUCUCUUUGCCAGAGUUGCUGCCCAGAGACUUCAUUCUGACCUCCAGCGGCCCCAAGAAUGAUUACUUCAUCUUCCAACAAUUCCUCUCCACUCCUUCAUGGCUGGGACAGUUAUGGUUCAUAUGCAAGUAAAGUUGACAAUUCACUCAACAAAUAUUUAUUGAGCACCUUUUAUGUACGAGGCACUGUUCUAGGUGCUUAGGAUAUUCUCAUGCUUCUGAGGGUUUACAGACGGGAUUCCACUUACCUUCACUUCUAGCAGGUUUUUUGAACAUGACCCUUGGCUGCAGUUCCCAUCUUCAGCACAGCUCAAGCACCCCAAACCUGUCCUCCCCCCGCACACACUGGCAGGUGGGAUUGGCUCCCAAGUAACCGUCUCUCCCUUCUCCAUCUUCUCCCACACCUUAUCCAUCCAUAAGAAACGGAUUUUUCGGGGCCUUCCAUGCCUUCCCCUUUCUUUGUCUGUGUCUCCUUUUUUUUUUAAGUGAUAUUUUUAGAAAUACAUGUAAAAUACCAAGGGUUAAUGUCUGCCCCUCUGCCACCUCUCUCUCACCUCUUAUUUCAUAAAGCUGGCUCUUUAUGUUGCUUUACAUGCCUUAAUAUAUGUUUUAUGAAGAUUAUACAUAUUAUAGAUGUAUAUGUAAUAUAUAUAUAUAUAUUUGUUUGGAUGUCUGAUCCUUUACUAGAACUCCUGCCCAGGCCCAUUUUCUCUCCUUUACUUUCCACAUCAUUCCUAGCAUACUGCGGCCGUACCCCAUGCCUUUUGAUCCAAAGAAGGGGAGAGGAAAGACUUAUUUUAAGACAGAUCUAUUUUACGCUUUUGUUAUAAAAGCAAAUCUAUUUUCAAAAUGUGCAAUGUCUGAAUGGAAUUGGCAAAUGAUGUGAGGAGACUGGGACGGCUGCCUCUAGGUCCAACCCUCCACCCUUCCCUCCUCCUCGGCAGGCAGCUUCCUUCCUCCCAUUCCCCAGUCUGCAAAGGGCUGGUCCCCAGAGCUCACCCGGAGAGGAUCUUGCCAGGGCAGGACAUUCUCUUGCAAGUCCUGGUCUAAGGAUUUGAUUACACUGUCAACUUUUGAUGACUCUCUAGGGUUAUUGGGUGUGAACCCUCUUCGAGGAAAUGUUUACAGUUGUGUGCACAAAAGUACAGCCUUGCAGGCACACACACCCCAGAUGUGCUCCUGGACCACCUCCUUUAUCACCCUGCUGGAAAGGGCAGCCUACACCAAACAGCACUGAGAAUGUCAGUCUAUUCUUUGAUGGACCUAGAAUAUGGUGCAACGGCCAAAGGAAACGGGUUGGCAUCACGGGUCCUUCGGGGCAGAUACAUUCAAGUUCCUUGGACUUCUCACACUCCUUUUCACUUGAUCCCUCACUGGUCUGGGUGACACCUAUGGCAUCUGUCUCCCUCUGUGACCUUUCUUCUGGGGGCCGUUGUUAAGGGGAUGGUACCCCAGUCUGGCAUCCAGACUGCGAAGUCAGCCCGGAGGGUCCCACGGACAAGGUACACCUCAGACUUGCCAAGGACUUUCUUGCUGCUGGGGCCCUGAGCUAAGCCAGCUCAGCCUUCCAGACUGCUUAUCGACUAUUGAAGUGGGCAAGGGGCUCUCGCCUUGCAAGAAUUUGGGCAGAAUGGAUGUCUUUUGUCCAGAUCUGGAAUCAAGGGUUUUGGAAUCUAGCACAGAGCUCCUGGCCAGCAUGUGAAGCCUGGCUUCCCACUUUGGCAUUUGCUGGUACCCUAUUCCCAGCCUAAAGCAGCUUGCUGUGAAUGAAGGGGGCCUAGAUGGAGGCCCAGGGGGAAGUAACCGACCUGGUGACAGCCCUGGUUACUAAUCUAGGGCCUUCCCAAUUAGCACAUUACCUCCCUCAUCGAUAACCAAGAAGCUGUAAUCAAAUACUGAUACUGUCACUUCAGAGUUUUUCUGAGGUUGCAAGCUGUGCGCACUUGCUCCCCUUGGUGAGAGGGAUCCUCUUGGAGCAGGGCUGACUAUAGCAAGACAGAAUUAAUUCCUUUCCCUUUAGGUACCCCCUGACAACCUGGCAGCUCUUAAAACUAAGGAAAAUAUGAAAUAUACAUAUAUAUAUAUAUACACACAUAUAUCUAUUUAUGCACAUAUUGGGGCCAAUUUGAUUUGCUAGUAUUAGACAAUAAACCGUACAAGGAAAUUUAUGACUCAGUGUCUUUAUUUAGUAUAAAAGUGACCUUAGAAGAAGAGUUAAGAUUAGAUAAACAGAGGGCAUCUCUGUCAGGGGACCAAACAGCCGUACCAGCCCCUUAGCAUCUUUCUAGCCAAUGAGCCCCUCCCCAGGGAGGGGCCAUCCUGACUGACGGGCGAGAGCUUGCUUCCCUCUCAGCAGCAUUCUUUUUAGAUAUAGGUACUGAAGCACCCAGUGAGUUCUGCAUUUGUAUCUUGCAAGUUUGUAUAAACCCUAUGCAGGGAAUAAAUGGUUUGUACAA